AGCUUUCUUUUUAAUGUUACUGAACGUUACCGAAAAAAUAAACACUGCUGUGUCAACUCUGACAAUCAACUGUUUACCAAUUGUUGCUAGCAUUGAUAGUAUUCAAUAGUAUUAUUUUGCAGUGAAAACUAAUAGGUAUAGUUCAAGAAUGGCUUUCGUGUGCUUGUCUAUUUAAUAUAUUUUCUGGUCUAAAAGAAAAAAUUGUGUAUAUCUUCGUAAAAGUCAUUAAACUGCAACAAAAGUAAAUUGACUUGAUAAGCAGUUUUAAAAAGAUGGAAGGUACUGGAGCGUACGGUGGUGGUAAAGCUGGAAGUGCUUUUGAUCCUAUUGCUUUUGUCAAAAGACCUCAAGUUAUUCUACGUUUGGUCUGCUGGCUAUUUUCAGUAGUAGUAUUUGGAUGUAUAUCAUCUGAAGGAUGGAUGAAAACUGAUAAGGAUGAAAAAGAAGUUUGUCUGUAUAAUGGUGAUAGUAACGCUUGCAAUUAUGGAGUUGGAAUCUCAGUCAUAGCAUUUUUAGCAAGCAUGGGUUUUAUUGCUGGUGAAUACCUUUUUGAGCAAAUGUCAUCUGUGAAAACACGUAAACAUUAUGUUCUUGCAGAUCUUGGAUUUUCAGUAAUGUUUUUAGGAUUUUGGGCUUUUCUAUACUUUGUUGGCUUUUGGUAUUUGGCCAGUCAGUGGGGCAAAUCCUCUACACCUCCAAACAAGUAUGGUGUUAACAAUGUACAAGCAGCUAUUGCUUUCUCGUUCUUUUCAAUGUUUACUUGGGGAGCUUCUGCAUUCUAUGCAUAUCAGCGUUUUCGUCAAGGGGGUGAUGCAGCUUUUGCUCCUAGCUAUGAAGCUGAUUCAGCAAUACCAACAUCAUAUCCCUCAUAUCCAAGUGGUGCUGAUAACGACACACACUAUCAAGAACCCCCUUUUUCUGCAGGUAUCAACCAAAGAGCAUCGGGAGACUUCUCUGCCCCAGCAUAUUAAUAAACGAUCGAAUCUCACAAAUUAUGAUCCAAAAUAACUGGAGACAAAAAUUCAAUGCAACUGCUGUUAUUACUACCACUAAAGUACUUCUAUGAUGAAAUGAAAUAUGUAGAGAAUAUAUAGAACGUUUUAAAUGUGUUAGAUGAGGAAAGAUAAAUUCUUAAUAAUUUUUUCUUUCUUUUCUUUUACUCAUUUGGACCGAGUUUGUGAUAUUAAUUGUAGCCUAAUAUCGAAUGUUGUUUAUGCAUAGGUGUAUUAUUUAUUAUAUUUUAAUAUUACACAUACAUUAGUGAUUAGUAUGACAACCCGAUAACAUUACACUCAUUUAUUAACAUUGCAGUAUUUGUUGUUUUAAAGUAUUUCUUUGCACAUUUUUGUAUGAUAAUGUAUUUUUUUUUAUUAUUAUUACUUUCAUGAAGUAGAAUAUUAUUCGUAAUAAUAACAAAUAACUACUGUAGAUUAAAUUACCCGGAAGAAAGGAAAAUAAACUACAGUAUUUAUUUAUGCAAUGAUUACUAGAUGUAUUUAUACAUUUAAGGUUUCUGCUGGAGAUUUCACAUUCAAUAAUAGUAUUUUGUUCUGA